UUUCCACAGUCCUGCUUUUUGUCAAACUACAUCACCGCUCUGUUUUUUAAUUAAUGAACUGCGUGCAUCUGCAGCAGAUACCUGCAGAAAAGCUCUUUUGUUUGCCAGUUUCAUCCUUCCUCCUCAGCAGGAAACCUGGUUCUGGAAAGCAUUUAGAAGGUGUGAGUCACACAGCAGACAGACCGAAGUGGUGAAUUAUGGUGCUGCCUGCAGAGCUGGACCUGGGCCCUAUAACCUGAGAAAACAGUGAGAGAGGAGAAACAAAGAGAGACAGAGAAAGAGAGAGAGAGGGAGAGGACGCCAGGGAAAAUAUAGAGAGAGGGAGAGAGAGGGGAGCCGUGCUUACUUUGUAGUUGCCGACAGACACCUGAGAGGUGAGAAAUCAGACCGGGCCAGUGGGGCUGGGGCUCAUUAAAUGACUGGGUUGGAGAUUACGAGCGGUGAUCCUGGUGUUCCUCUGUGUCUUCUGGACUCCUCUCGCCCGAUCGCUUUAUUUCAGCUUGCAGAUGCCGACAGAUGUGCCCGAAGACAGGCUCAGCAUCGAGGAGAAUGGCUCCAAGUGUGACAGUAUGACUCUGCCCAGCACCCCCACGGUCCGCAGAGGAAGCACUCCUCUGCCAAUAAAGCACCAACUCAGACGAGAAGAAGCUGUUCAUGAUGACGGUGACUGGACAUCAGGAGCAGCCGGGGCUUCUCCUUCACCACUCAGUUUCAGCCCAGCCCUGGAUGACACUCCCAUUGUCUCUGUGGAGGGCAGGCGUGACGGGCCAUUAAGGAUCGCCCUGCUGGGUCAGAACGGAGUUGGGAAGUCCUCACUGGCUCUCGCCUUCGCCGGCGACAUUGACCGGACUGCGUCAGUGGAUUCUGAUGGGGAGGGUUAUGUGCACACAGUCAGUGUGGAUGAUGAGGAGAGCACCAUCAUUAUCUAUGACAACUGGAGACAGGACCUGUCGGCUCUCCAGUGUGAGGUGUGCGUCCUGGUGUUCUCUGUGACCGACAGGCGCAGUUUCCACCGUACAGCCCAGCUCCGACUCCUCCUGAGAGAAACUCAGCCUCAGACUCCAAUAAUCCUCGUCGGUAACAAGAGUGACCUCGUUCGCUCGCGCGAGGUCACUGCUCAAGAGGCCAUGUCCAGCGCUGCCCUCUAUAACUGUCUGUAUCUGGAGAUCUCAGCCUCUCUGGAUCACCGCACGCCGGAGCUCCUGGAGUCCGCUGUGCGACUAGCCAGAGGCCAGCCCCCAUGGCCCCCAGGGUCCAGCGCAGAGGACAUGUGUGGAGGAGGUCAACGAGAAAGCAUCACCACACGUGCUAAACGUUUCCUCACCAACCUGAUGCCCAGGUACCCGCGGGAGAGAGAAGUGGGCAAGUUCCUAAGACAGAAGUCCCGCUCGUGCCACGACCUGGGGGCACUGUGAUCACACGCAUCAAGAAGCUUAAUAGUUUGACCAAUUAGCAGAUAUAAUUUGAAGUGACGUAGUAAACCAACAGAAAGGAGGAAAGAGUGAUGCAGCACUUAGUGGACAAAGAUGUAGGAUGUGAAUAACAGCGGGGAUGCAAAUGUGCCAGAUGCAUCUAAGCGACUGAUGCAAAUUUGCCUUCAGACCAUACUGUUAUGACUGUAUGGUGUGAAGGAUCAUCAUACACAGGAGGAGGAAAGCAAACUUAGCUAUGAUGUCAAAGUAUACAAUGAUGGAGAAUUUUUGUACACAAGAUAAAGAAUACAAGUACAAUAAUGGUGUAAAUAAGCUGCAGAUGUGAUACCUAACUCCCACCCCAACAGCUUUAAAAGCUAAAUAAAUUGCUUUUUUGAGUCUUGAAAA